CUUGGAGGUCGUCGAGGUCGAGGGAGCAGUGCCAGGCGAGGGAGCGGAGGUCGGUGGCGACGACGCGGAGGGGGCCCUGGGAGUGGGCGUGGGCGUGGAAGAGCACGGGGCGGCGCGGGAGAGCAUCGGCGUCGUGGUCGCCGUUCUCCGGCCUGGCCUCGCCGAAGACGGCGGCCAUCCUGAUCUCCGCCGCCGCCGCCAUCUGGGUGGGAAGGCGUUACCUGCUUGCUGCUUGUUACGUGAGUUGCCUUUGAAAGCGUAAAAGGACGGAGGGCGUCUUCUCCCUCCCCUCUCCGUCGUCGUCCUCAAAUCGCAACCCAAGAACCGAUAAAUUAUUAGUAGUAGAGAAAGAGGGCAUCGGGAUGGCCUCCGGCACGCACGACAAGUCGCUGCUGACGGCGCGGCGGCUGCUGGAGGAGACCUCCCCGGCGGAGGCGGAGCAGCUGCCCAGCCUGCCCUCGGGGUUCUACGACGCCUUCGUCCUCAAGGGAAUCCGCGUCGUCCAGGCCCUCCAGCCCGGCACCCUUCUCUGCCACUUCACCGUCCCCUCCAGGCUACUCAACUCGGGCGGCUUCCUGCACGGCGGCGCAACCGCUUCCCUCGUCGAUCUGGUUGCCUCCGCCGCCUUCACCACUGCCGGCCUCCGCACCAGGGGCUCACCCCUCGAGAUGAACAUCUCCUACCUUGAUGCUGCUUUUGCCGACGAAGAGAUUGAUAUCGAGGCGAAGGUUCUGCGUGCUGGCAAGGCGGUAGGGGUGGCCGUCGUGGAACUGAAGAAGAAAUCUGGCAAACUCAUUGCUCAAGCCCGCUAUUCCAAGUAUCUCGGUGCAGCAUCUAGUAAACUCUGAUCUGACUGGAUCAAGGUGGCCUUGCGCCGUGGCAGCAUGUUGUGUUCUAUUGUUGUUAUUAUUCUCAUGAUGUUGCAAUGCCCCCUAAGCUAAGCAUAUAUGGUAGGUAGUAUGGUGUGGUGUGCUUGGCUUAUGUCUAUUUGACCGAAAACAGCUUCAUUUCUCUCUGCAGCACGGAUGGUAUUGUUUUGUUGUAUACUUCUACUAUCAGUCACUAUAUAGGAUAAUAUCUUUCUUGGCUCA